UUUGGCAAUGUGGCAGCCUCCCCCUCGCCCCAAAUUUUUGCCCCUGGCAGAGCCGCCCAGCUAAGCGGGGAGCGGGGCGAGAGAGCGAGCGAGGGAAGGGCCGAGGGAGAGGAGCCGAGCGGCGUCCGGGCUGGAGGGUACCAUGAGCGGAGGCAGGUUUGAUUUUGAUGAUGGAGGUGCCUAUUGCGGGGGCUGGGAAGGGGGCAAAGCCCACGGGCACGGCAUCUGCACCGGCCCCAAGGGCCAGGGCGAGUACUCAGGCUCCUGGAACUACGGCUUCGAAGUGGUGGGCAUAUACACAUGGCCCAGCGGCAACACCUACGAAGGCUACUGGUCGCAAGGCAAGAGGCACGGCCUAGGAAUCGAGACCAAAGGACGGUGGGUUUACCGAGGCGAGUGGACCCAUGGCUUUAAGGGACGGUACGGCACGAGGCAGAGCAUGAGCAGCGGAGCCAAGUAUGAAGGUACCUGGAAUAACGGGCUGCAGGACGGUUACGGCACCGAGACGUACGCCGACGGAGGAACAUACCAGGGCCAGUUCACCAACGGCAUGCGGCACGGCUACGGCGUACGGCAGAGCGUGCCCUACGGCAUGGCCUCGGUGGUCCGCUCCCCUCUGCGCACCUCGCUCUCCUCCCUGCGCAGCGAGCACAGCAACGGCACCCUGCCCCAGCAGGACUCGCCGGCCGCCAACGCCGAGAGCCUCCCCAUGUCGCCCACCAUCACGCGCGGCGGCUUCGCCCUCAGCCUCUACUCGGACGCUGAGGCUGGCAAGCCCAAGAAAGGGGGGACGGCUCACGCCAAAGCUAAGGCUGAAGGGUCCGAGCAGGCAGCCCAGGCAGCUAACAACGAGUCGGGCAUAGCCAGGAUGAUGGCCAGGGAGCUCUCUCCAGACUUCUACCAGCCAGAUCUCGAGGAGUUUCCCUCCUGUCUAUCCUAA